GCAUUGCCGACCCCUACAUGUAGUUGACACCGAGCCAUGGCUGCGGCAAGGGUCCGGCUGACCCUAGCGGUGCGGAGGCUGGGCGUUUCCACAACUUUGCCGUCUCCAGGCUGGGUCGCGCAGAGAGCCUUUCACGGUGCCAUCUCUUCGCAGAGACCUGGGCUGCUGGGCUUGCUGGGACGGAAUGCGCCUGGACAGGUUCUGGGGCCUAUGUCCCAGCAGGUUCGCUUUGCUGGCCGGAAGCUGGGCAUGAAGCGGCUGCGGAAGAAUGCGCGGCCGCGGACGGUGCACCAGAAGGGCCUGGGCAAGCGCGUGGAGAUGUACUGGCCAGUACAUGACAUGUUCCGAAUGCGCAUCCCCAUGUACGACAACAGCAGGAGGCAUGUGAUUUAUGAUCAUCACAUGAAGCGAUGGAUGGUUAUGUGGUAUAGGAACGGCAUGCAGGUGUUCCGCUGGUUCGGAGCAAGGGGGAGCAAAUUCGAGCAAGCCCGGACCCGUGCCAUUCUCUUCUUCGAAGAGCUACGGAGGUCCGGCAAGCUGGGCCGCCCGAAGCCCGACCAAUGCCGCAGCGGUGUCCGGGGUGUCUUCUUUGACAAGCAGGAGAAGGCCUGGGUUGCGCGCUUCAGCAACUGCGGCAUGAAGACCUAUGCUAUGUUCAGCACUGAGGACCCGGAGCUGGGCUUCAGAGGUGCCUACGAGAAGGCCAUCGCGGUGCGGAUCCAGAGCGUACGGCAAAACCAUCAAUUUGUGCUUCAGCGCACGCGCUACAAGGGGCAACGGCGACCUCUGGGGACGCCCCAAACGUGACCUGGGCAUUUCCGUGCUGGGCAUUCCAAAGUCUUUGAUCUCAGCCGGCCUGAAGACUUUGCAGCUGGUUGCAAAUGCAGAGUCAAUGUGACAGCUGGUUGCGCUCGCCAUUGCCUAAUGUGAGCCUUUUGCUCCAUGAGCAAGGAGGAAUCGAUGGACCGGUGGCUCAUGGAACAAGUGUGAUUUGCGAGUUUAAGCAAACCUAGGGCAAAAGGGCAAUGUGCAAGAGCAAGGCACCGUUUUCAUUUUCUGUCCAUCGCAAAGCAUUACGUGAUGGCUCGGUUCCGCAGCCACUGGAGCUCAUGUGAC